AUCUCUCCCGGAUAUUGAUAAGCUUUCAUUGUAUUAAUUCACCAUACUCUCCGUUCGCCACGGUCCUGCGAAUUCCAUCAGAAAAAAAAAAAAAAAAAGGUCCUCUCAUCUUCCCAUUUCCGCGAAGAAAUUCCCAGUCGCAGCGACGCCGAGCCCCGUCAGGAAUGGAAGCCAAUAGGGGACAGGGUGGGAUUCAGCAGUUGCUUGCUGCAGAACAAGAAGCUCAACAAAUUGUUAAUGCUGCCCGAAAUGCAAAAAUGACCAGACUGAAACAAGCCAAAGAAGAGGCUGAACAGGAAAUUGCAGAAUAUCGGUCUCAGAUGGAUUCUGCUUUCCAGAAAAAGGUUGCAGCGAGUAGCGGAGACUCAGGUGCCAAUGUGAAGCGGCUCGAAGAAGAGACUGACAUCAAGAUAACCAACCUAAAAUUAGAAGGUGGCAGAAUAUCACAUGAUGUUGUGCAGAUGCUUCUGAAGCAGGUGACAACUGUGAAGAAUUAGGCCUUUGCUUGCAAAGAAGUAAUCUUCAUGUAAUCUGGUAGCAUGUGCAAUUGGCGCUGCACUGUCGCAUGUCUGAGAUGCAUCAUGAAUAGCUAAUUCAGUGAUUGUUUAAACAUAGGCAGACAGCACCUGUGACUCAAAUAAGCGUGUUGUGAGUUUUAUUUAUGUGAUGCGGCUUCUCUCCUGACCGUUCCGGGGAGAAACUUGAUUUGCGGAGUAUUGCGGAGUGAGUAAACAAUCUCCCGUUUGCCUAUAUAAUUUAUGGAUCUGCUGCUGCCUGCCGAAUUGCUGCA